AAUUAGAGCAACACAAAACUUUGAAGUUUUGAGAGCGCCUCACGAGUAGUACCAGAGACCUAGUAGUACCAGAGACCUGCUUAGCCCGGGAGCUCUAGCUGGCUGGAUCCUUGCAUUAGUGCUGGCAGCGAUCCACGCGUUGCAAUCUGUAUCUCGAAAGUCAGGGAUCUGGAGUCGCUUGGCCGAGACGAGCCUGGCUAGGCAGUUGGAAUCAGAACUCAACCACACGGCCGUGAUUCUGUUUACCUUGUCACGUGGUGGCGGGCUAUGGGAGCAUAUGAGAUCGAGCAGCGAGCAUGAGCAAAUUGCCAGUUAUUCUGUUCGGUGACUUCACUUUGGAUGAGGCUACCCGCUUUCAGCAGCUCGACUUAAGCCCGAAGGUAGAGGGCCAAAAAAAGCUCGAGCAGCCCUCAGACAAUGUCCCCCCCCAGGUCCGCUUUGGCAGCGUAGACCCCACGGUUCACAUCUCGCACUCCCCUCCACCCAUUCCACCGGUAGCGCCGGGCCAUCCACCCUACCCCCACCACAUCCCACCAUACAUUCCAGGGAAUCCACCCCCGCCCUUCCUUCAGAAUCUCCCUCCACACUUUGCGCCCCAGCGCCCAUACUAUCCGGCCCCUUAUUACAACAGCUUUGGCACAUUUGCUCAUGCUGGGCCUCCUCUGCCGUUCAACCCCGAGUAUCCCGAGUACCUGUAUGGCCGCCCAAUCCUUGCCCCUCAUCCCUAUCAUGGCCCUGUAGAUCCCUCGCAAACGCUUGGCCUCUCCUCAGCGCCUCUAGGGGUUCUGCCACCAGCGUCAGCAGCAUGGAGGCCGCACCCUCUUCCGAGCCCCCCACUGCAACCCAACCGCCCCCCGCACCCCUCUCCCGGUCUGUCAGAGUUCCCAGCUGCACACCAACCCCCAUGGACUCCCCCCCAACCGCAUCACCCGGUCGCAGGGUCAGCCUUCACUCCUGAGCGUCCUUUGUCAUCAGGAGGGGAUCAGGCUGUAGCGCCCAGCGAGAUAGUAAUGCAAUUGGAGGAGCCGCUGGGGAGCGGGGCGAGUGAGCUCGAGGAGCAGGCAGGCAGCACGGAGGAGGUGGAGGAGGGGCAGCAGCAGCAUCGAGAUGCUCUGCAGGCACAUGGGGAGAGCGAGAGGCAGCCUGAAGCGGAGCCUGCCUUGGCUGAUGGCCAACACGCAGCCUCCCUGCAGGAGGACGCGCCGCAGGACCAGCCGUCGGCUAACGUGGACGAAGAGCCCGGGGCUCCCACCGGGUGGGGCGCGCCGCCUAGUAGCAUGCAAGAGGCAGCCGUAGUGUCUGGGAGUGCAGCAGAGCCUUCGGACGAUGCAUCGGCGGCCAGCAGUAAGGAGGAGGUGCCGGCUGCUGCGGAGGCAGCGGCAGCGACGGGCAAGCCCAAGUCGUGGGCCGCGCUGGUGGGCAAGGCAGCAGGGCAAGGAGGCUGGGCGCAGCCGCCAGUGCAGGCACCCCCCACGCGAAGUAACCACAGCGGACCCAAUGCGCAGGGAAGAGCGCCGCCGGUGAGAGGAGGAGAGAAGCCGCAGCUGUCAGGUUCUGGAUGGAUCCGGCAGCUGCGCGAGGCGACACCCCUGCGGUUGCGGCCAAGGGGACUGGUGAACACGGGCAACUCGUGCUUUCUCAACUCCACACUGCAGGCGCUCUUUGCGUGCCCGCCUUUCCUACUGCUCGUCAACCAGCUGAAAACUGCCCCCCUAAACUCGGAUGAGUACCCCAUGCUGUGGGCCCUCGUCACAUACCUCGGGCAGUUUGACACCCGCUCUGGCUCCCCGCCUGUUGCUCCCUCCCGAACCGGUCCUGGUGGGAGCACCCCCGUGGAUGUGGGCCAGCCAUUCACGCCCGACAUGUUUGUAGACGUGCUCCAUCGGUUCAGCCCCCAGACGCCGCAGCGUGGCUUGCGCAGGGCCAGGCAGGAGGAUGCGCAGGAGUUCCUGAGCUACGUCAUGGACCGCAUGCACGAGGAGCUGCUCAAGCUGGAGGCCGCCCCCGCGGAGGCGCCCCCCGCCAGGGUGCCCAACGGGCCGCUGCCCAACGGGGCAGCCGCAGCAGCGGGCGGGCCGGGCGAGGGAGACGACGAGUGGGAGACAGUGGGGCCCAAGAACAAGAGCGCAGUCACGAGGAUGCACACGCACGCGGAGUCGGCACUCAGCAGCAUCUUUGGGGGGUCGCUGCAGAGUCUGGUCAAGACAAAAGGGAGCAAGGCGAGCGCGACGGUGCAGCCGUUCACGAUUGUGCCGCUGGACAUUGCGGCGGAGGUGGUGCGCAGCGUGGAGGACGCGCUGCAGCUGUUUGCCGCGCCCGAGACGCUGGACGGCUACCGGGCGCCCAACAAGACGGAGGUGGCGGCCAGCAAGCUGCUCAAGAUUGCCACGCUGCCGCGCGUGCUCGUGCUGCACCUCAUGCGCUUCAGCUUCUCGGGCGAGCGCGGGUCGUCCAAGGUGCACAAGCCCGUCAAAUUCCCGCCCACGCUGACCAUCCCCGUCAAGCUGCUCACCUCGCCGCCCGCGCCAGCAGAGAUCCGGCGGUACGAGCUUGUUGCAACGGUGUCUCACAUUGGGAAGGACCCGUCUGGCGGUCACUACACGGCGGACGCCCGGCAGGAAGACGGGCGGUGGCUGCGUUUUGACGACAGCACGGUUUCAGUAGUGAGCCUGAACAGAGUGCUUCAUGAUCAAGCGUACCUGCUACUAUACAAGCGAGUUGUCCAAUAAUUCGAAUGAACGUGGGGUAGCGUCAUGCGCUAGAAGUAGGUCGCUAGAAAUCUAAUUUCUUUAGCAGGAUGGUUGUGCAAUGCCGGUCCACUGUUUGCUUCGACAACAUUUUUGGAUGACGAAGCCCAGGAAGAAGAUGCAAACACAGAAGCGAUUUGUGAUGUCCGAGUCCUUUGCGCCGGCAAACGGUUACCUGCUGAUGUCCCAUGCGGUUGUUAAAUUUCUGAUUGGUUUUCUUCUUUGCAACUACUUCCGAC